CUCUGACAGAUUAUAUAACUGAGUGAUAUAACAUAACUUCUACCAUCGUAGAGGGAAUCGGAGAUGCACGACUCCAAGGCAGGGCUGGUUAACAGUCCCUUAACGGACUAGCGUCGUCUCCUUCGCCUGGUCUUUGAAGCCCUUGUACGUCAUUCGAAUAUGUCUCAGAUCCAUGGAUCCAAACAUCAAGGGGCUACCACGGUACUCACGAGAAACCUUAGCGCAUGCGCGUUCUUAUUUUCUGCGUGUUAGAGCCCCUCUACCAGACGGGAAAUAUAUCGACAUGCGAGAUCCUCACCAAGCCGCAUCAACCCUUGACUCACAUACGCCAAAGCCUCCUUUGCGAUGAGCCACGUUGAUCCUGGGCUGGACGAGCCUAUGCGACAAGCAGAGAAAGAUGUUGAGCGGAAUGAUAACCAGCCGACAGAAGACCAGGCGAAGAAGGAGGAAGAAGUCUAUCUAGACCCUGGUCGCUGGUGGUUAGCAUCAACUGCAUUUCCCCUCAUAGCAGGGACUUUUGGCCCUAUAUCGAACGCGUUCAGUAUAUGUGCUCUGGCUAUAAAGUGGAGAGUAUAUAUACCACCAGACACCAACGAGGCUCAUGGACAGCCCCUUGCGGACCCGAAAUGGCUCACCGCUAUCAAUGCCAUUUCCCUCGCAUUCGCUCUCGUGGCCAACAUCGCCCUAUCCCUUAGCAUGGCUCGACGACUCUCGUUCGGAAUUGCGCAAGCCAUAAUAAUCAGCGGGUGGUACAUAGCCUCCUUCCUCCUUAUAGGCUUGGUAGCUGCAUGCUCCACGUCUAUGUUCCUUUUACAACCAAAGACAGAUCACGCACUCACACAGGCAUAUUAUUAUGGCAUUAUUGCAGCGGCUCUGUACUUCAUUAUCGCGUCGAUGAUGGUCAUGACGACGAUCGGCGCGUACACGGGACAUUAUCGCAAGGGGUUCAAACUGACGUCGAGCCAGAGGACGCUAAUGCUGCAAACUAUCAUGUUCAUGGUAUAUCUACUCCUGGGAGCUUUGGUUUAUUCCCAUAUCGAAGGUUGGCCAUUCCUGGAUGCCCUAUUCUGGGCUGAAUUCACACUGCUGACGGUCGGGCUGGGUGGCGAAUUUGUUCCAUUGACCCAUAGUGGCAGAGGACUACUCUUCCCCUAUGCGAUCGCUGGCAUCGUCAUGCUCGGUCUCGUAGUCGGCUCAGUGCGCUCCUUAGCGCUAGAAAGAGGGAAGCAGAAGAUGUCGGCUCGAUUGUUGGAGAUGAGACGCGAGAGCGUCAUAAGGUCGCUUGAUAAUCACGAGGGAUCUGUGAAACUAGGUGCCUUCGAGAAGAUCAAGGUCAAGCAACCUCUAUCGGAGCGCGAACGGAGAGAAGAAGAGUUCAAGAUCAUGAGGAGGGUGCAACGCAAAGCAGACAAAAGGAGAAGAUAUUAUGCGCUUGCGAUGUCGUCUCUAGCGGCAUGUCUCUUAUGGUGCUUGGGCGCCAUGGUAUUCUGGUUCUCGGAGAAACCCCAGGGCUGGAGCUACUUCGUUUCGCUAUACUUCACCUAUACAACACUUUUGACCAUUGGAUAUGGAGACUAUACGCCUCAGAGUAAUUCAGCGAAACCGUUUUUCGUCUUUUGGACCCUCCUGGCCGUUCCUACCCUGACCAUUCUAAUCAGCAACAUGGGCGAUACUGUUAUCCAGGCGUUCGAGGACCUUACCAUCUGGUUAGGCUCAAUCACGGUCUUGCCAGACGAGGGCGGUUUCCAGGCACUCAAAGUCGGGUUUCAAAGGCUGAGAGAGGGUAAGCUCUACAAGUCCCCGGACAACGAGGACGAAAAGAACCAAGGCAGUGCUGAGGAGAUCAUCCUGGACCGUCUGGCACGACACAUGGAGGAAGAAGAGAUUGAAGAAGCCGAGGAAGCGGAGACAGAAUUGGAUUCGUUGGAGCGGGAUAUCCGUUUCUACCAUUUUGUUCUGGCCAAGGAGAUCCGCGCACUCAUGAAGGAUGUCUCUAUGAGCCCGCCAAAGGAGUACACUUACCAUGAGUGGGCUUAUUUUCUCUUACUGCUUGGUCAAGAUGAAAGCGACGCUUCGCACCACACCCGUCCGGGCUUGAAACACACCAUUCUACCACAUGAGCCAGAUCUUGGAACUGCCGAGGGAGUCGAACACGAGAAUCGCUGGAGCUGGCUCGGUAUACGUAGUCCGCUCAUGAGCAACCAAUCGGAGGCGCAGUGGUUAUUGGAACGACUAACCAUGACUUUGGAGCUUGAGAUGCGGAAGAUGCAGCCUGCAAACCGGAAGGAAGCGGAGCUAAAUCCACCUCCUAUCUCCAUGAGGGACUUCAGGAGUAAGCAUAGAAAGUCAGAUCCACAUUCACCAUCUCACCCCCAGUCAAAGUCGACGUCGAAGUCCCUGGGCCCUGAUAAACUGCUAGAUCAGGGUGUCAGUCGCGCCGAAGUGAGGAGGAGGCAUGGUUGACUGAAACAUUGGGAAAUAGAAUUAUCAUGGUCCCAGAAAUGGGCGUGACAUGACAGUCCUUGCCAAGGUCCUGCGAACAAACA